AUGCAGGAGCUCUCGGCCGAGCGGAGUAAGGAGCGGCGGGGGCGGGCGCGGGCUGCGGCAAGAGGGGCGGGGCCGCCCGCCGCUCCCGCUCCGCAUCCGGCACGGCGCGCAGGCUCGGGGUUCCCUAGCCCUGGACAUCAGCCCCGCGGCGACAGUGAGCAAGGCCAGCGCGGGCCCGGCCCCCGCGCCCUCCCGCGCCCGGGCAUCCCGGAAUCCGGCCGCGAGCUCCUCGGGCGCGGCUUGGCAGAGCGGAACAGAGAGAAGCUGGGCGGGCCGGCGGGGCGGGGUGGAGCCGGGGGCGGGGAUUUCUGGCACUUUCUGGGCGCUGCGGACGCGCUGCUCGGGGCUCCGGAUCGCAGGCCGGAAACGCGGGCCACCGAGCCGCCGCUACCGAACAACUGGCACUGGACAGAGCGGGAUGCCACCAGCUGGUCCAAGGGGAAGCUGCGGGAGCUCCUGGUGGGCCUGGCGGUGGAGAAUGAGGCCGGCCACUGUGAGGUCAGUGAGCUGAAGCAGGUGGAAGGCGAGGCUUCCUGCAGCAGCCGUAAGGGGAAGCUGAUUUUCUUCUAUGAGUGGAACAUCAAGCUGGGCUGGAAAGGCACAAUGAAAGAAUCUGGUGCGAAGCACAAGGGGUUGAUUGAAAUACCCAACCUUUCUGAAGAAAAUGAAGUAGAUGACACCGAGGUGAACGUGAGUAAAAAGAAAGGAGAAGGGGAUUUACUGAAGGAUCUUAUGAAAACCGCAGGCACCGCCAAGGUCAGGGAAGCUCUUGGAGAUUACCUGAAGGCACUUAAGACGGAAUUUACAACUGGAAUGAUUUUACCAACGAAAGCCACUGCAACCCAGGAGUUCACUGUUAAGAGGAAACUGAGUGAGAAUACCUUGCAGGUUCAGACCUCUCCAGUGGCGCUGGGUGUAAGGAUUCCCACGGUGGCUCUGCACUUGACGGAACUGUUUGAUACAACGGUAGAGCAGCUGUACAGCAUCUUCACAGUGAAAGAGUUGGUGCAGAGAUUUUCAAAAUCCCCUGCUGUGUUAGAAGCUGAAAAGGGGGGGAAGUUCCAGAUGUUUGAUGGGAACAUUACCGGCGAAUACAUAGAAUUGUUAACAAAUAAAAAGAUCGUCAUGAAAUGGAGAUACAGGAACUGGCCAGAAGAACACUAUGCAACAGUUGCACUGAAUUUUGUGCCUACGCUAGGGCAAACGGAAUUACAGUUGGGUAUAUGGGGAGACUUUAUCUGUAUUUAG